AGCCAAAGUCUCUCUCUCUCUCUCUCUCUCUCUCUCACACACGCACUCACUCCGUCUCUCAUGUCAUGUCAUGUCAUGCAAGUAGCACCUAAGCUUUUAAGUUUUUAACCCCUCUCAGCGCUCUCUCUCUCUCUCUCUCUCUCUCUCUCUCUCUCACACACACUCACUCCCUUCACCCCACGACAUUUGUUUAAUUGUGUCACUUGGCCAGCUCAUUCACAUCCCAAAAACACACUACUCCAACACCAAACCACCCCCUCUCUCUUUCGCUCUCUAUCUCAACGUAUUCUCCACCAGAUCUCCGGGAGUAAUCCCAUAAAGAUGCGUGUUUUUCCAGCCCUUCCUUUGGUAUAUAGGCUUUAGACCUGUUAUAAAAUCCCUCAGCCAACAACUUCGAUAUUACCCAUAUGCUCUUUUCUUUUUGUUGAUUCGAUUUUUUUUUCUCUCUUCUUUGGGGUUUCUGGCUUCUCUUCCUUUCAGGAAACCUAAUAAGGAAAACAGUGUGCGUGUGUGCGUGUGUUUUUGGUAGAGAUACAGCGUCUGCUGGGAUCUUGUUUGGAGAGAGAAAAUGGAGAAUGAAAUAGAAAGAGAGAGUGGGUCGAUGAUCUUUAGCGAUGAGGAGUUGAUAGAGGUGAGUGGAUUGAAGAAAGGAAGAGAUUUUAUAGAAGUCACAUGUGGGUGUACCAGUCAUAGAUAUGGUGACGCUGUUGGCAAGCUUAGGGUUUUCUCUAAUGGUGACCUUGAAAUCACCUGUGAAUGCACCCCUGGUUGCAAUGAAGACAAGUUGACUCCUGCUGCAUUUGAGAAGCAUUCUGGAAGAGAGACGGCCAGAAAGUGGAAGAAUAAUGUUUGGGUGAUAGUUAAUGGGGAGAAGGUUUCUUUAUCAAAGACUGCAUUGCUGAAAUACUACAACCAAGCGUCUAAAAAUGCCAAUGGUACUAACAGAUCCCAUAAUGGAAGAGUUUGUCACCGUGAUGAGUUUGUUCGCUGUAGCAGGUGUAACAAGGAGAGAAGAUUUCGAUUGCGGACAAAAGAGGAAUGUCGAAUUCACCAUGAUGCUUUAGCAGAUGUGAAUUGGAAAUGUUCAGAUCUUCCAUAUGACAGAAUAACUUGUGAUGAUGAAGAAGAACGAGCAAGUCGCAGGGUAUACAGGGGCUGCACCCGUUCUCCAACAUGCAAGGGUUGUACUUCCUGUGUGUGCUUUGGGUGUGAAAUCUGUAGGUUCACUGAUUGCAGUUGCCAAACUUGCAUCGACUUCACUAGGAACGCCAAAGUUUGAGUCCUUGUAGAGGAUGGGUUCUUUAUUUGCUACUUUUGUUUGAGCCCAUACCCACUGAAGAAGCAAAAGCCUCCAUUCCUAAAGACAUAAAAUCUUGUUUCAUGUUAUUAGACUCUUUAAAAUUUGCCAGUCCCUGCCUUCAGCCUUCAUGCUGCUUAUUGACUGGUUUCAAAACUUUAAAUUAAUUAAAUUUGAUCUCCACAUUAAUGUUUGUUUGGUCCA